CAAUUAUAGUUUUGAGAUCUCUCGUCUCUCACGAAUCGGUCAAAUCAAUGAAGCUCGAAAGUUUUUCGAUUCGUUACGCUAUAAAGCAAUCGGUUCAUGGAACUCAAUUGUCUCUGGGAGAGAUAGUGAAAGCGAGGAGGGUUUUUGAUCAAAUGGAGGAUAGAGAUAAUGCGACUUGGCGAGGAAUGAUUAAAGCUUAUGAAAGAAAAGGUUUUGAAUUGGAGGCUCUUGAUUUGUUUGCUCAAAUGCAGAGACAAGGAGUCAGACCGAGUUUUCCGUCUUUGAUCAGCAUUCUUUCGGCCUGUGCCACUUUAGCAAGUCUACAGUAUGGUAGACAGGUCCAUGCUCACUUGGUGAGAUGUCAGUUUGAUGGUGAUGUGUAUGUUGCCUCUGUUUUGAUGACCAUGUAUGUCAAAUGCGGUGAGCUUGUAAAAGCAAAGCUAGUAUUCGACAAGUUUCCCUCAAAGGACAUUAUCAUGUGGAAUUCAAUCAUCUCUGGGUACGCAUCGCACGGUUUAGGAGAGGAAGCUCUUAAGGUUUUCAAUGAGAUGCCAUCGUCUGGUACCAUGCCAAACAAAGUGACUUUAAUUGCAAUUCUGACAGCAUGUAGCUAUGCUGGAAAAGUCGAGGAAGGGCUUGAGAUAUUUGAAUCAAUGGAAUCAAAGUAUUGCGUGACACCAACGGUUGAGCAUUAUUCUUGCACGGUGGAUAUGCUUGGACGUGCAGGAAAAGUAGAUAAGGCAAUGGAAUUGAUCGAAAGCAUGACAAUCAAGCCAGAUGCUACAGUUUGGGGUGCUCUGUUGGGAGCGUGUAAAACUCACUCACGACUAGAUUUAGCUGAAGUUGCUGCAAAGAAACUUUUCGAGAUUGAACCAGAAAACGCUGGUCCAUAUAUUUUGCUAUCCAGCAUAAAUGCAUCUCGAUCGAAGUGGGGAGAUGUUGCAGAAAUGAGGAAAAACAUGAGGACAAAGAAUGUAAGUAAAUUCCCUGGAUGUAGCUGGAUUGAGGUAGGGAAAAAAGUGCACAUGUUCACUCGCGGAGGUAUCAGAAACCAUCCCGAGCAAGCGAUGAUAUUAAUGAUGUUGGAGAAAACAGAUGGUUUAUUAAGAGAAGCUGGUUAUAGUCCUGAUUGCAGCCAUGUCUUACACGAUGUAGAUGAGGAAGAGAAAGUUGAUAGCUUAAGCCGUCACAGCGAGAGACUAGCGGUAGCUUAUGGACUCUUAAAGCUACCCGAAGGAGUACCUAUUCGAGUCAUGAAGAACCUUAGAGUCUGUGGAGAUUGCCAUGCCGCCAUUAAACUCAUUUCUAAAGUCACAGAAAGAGAGAUCAUUCUAAGAGAUGCAAACAGAUUCCAUCAUUUCAACAAUGGAGAGUGUUCUUGUAGAGAUUAUUGGUGAGAUUGAGAAUGGUCCAUUUCUAUUGGUUUAAUUCGGUUCAACUUCUAUUGGUUUAAUAUGAGAUUUGUGUAUUAUAUAGUUUUUAUAAGAAGAAUGUUUUCACACAUAUCAAUGCUCCACUCAAUUAUCAUCUUGACAUUAUUCGUUAUAAUAAUUGAAUCGUUGAUGA